GCUAAGUAGACAACAGGCUCUGGAGGUUCGGAAGCAGGUUAAAAACGGCAAAGAAUUUCUGUACAGAAAUCUUAAACACAACACUUCGGUUCUGCUGUGUCUGUCCAGAAGUGACCAGAUAUUUCCUUUGUACCACCAAUAUAUUUGUUGAUACUUGGCGAUGAAGAUGUAGAAACUUGUUUUCCCUCUGAAAUGACAAAGGUUUCUGUUUUAACUCAGUGAAAUCCACUGGAACUGGGAUACUGAGAACACACCAGCGUUUAUUCACCAGACAACACACAUCAAAGUUGCUGGUGAACGCAGCAGGCCAGGCAGCAUCUAUAGGAAGAAGCACAGUCGACGUUUCAGGCCGAGACCCUUCGUCAGGACUAACUGAAAGAAGAGCUAGUAAGAGAUUUGGAAGUGGUGAAAUUUAUUCACCAGAGAUCAGUUCUUUAACUGAACUGAUUGUGCGAGGGAUUCACUAUGUCUAACACCUGUAUGAAUCACCAGAGAAUUGAUAGCAGGGAUUUAUCAUUCACCUACUCUCAGUGUGGAAAGUGAUUCACUCACUUAGCUGACCUGUAGAAACACCGGUGACUUCACACUGGGUAGGGGAUUUACUCAGCCAUCCAGCCUGAAGAUACAUCAGCAAGUUCACAACAGAGUGAGAUGGACGGUUCACCGUUCUGACUGUGGGAAGUGAUUCAGUGUGUUAUCCAUGCUGAAGAUACAUCAAAAAACUGAGAGGCCAUUUCACUGUUUGGUGUGUGGGAAGAGAUUCAUACGCUCAGCACACCCACAGACACACCAGGGAGAGAGACCGCUCGACUGUUCUGUGUGGUGGGAAGGGAUUCACUAACUCAUCCCUCGUGAUGACGCAUCAGCGAGUUCCCUCUGAGAAGAGGCCGUUUACCUGCUCAGACUGUGGGAAGGCAUUUACUCACCCAUCUCUCCUGCAGAGACACCAGCGAGUUCACAGUGGGGAGAGACCGUUUAUCUGCUCCGUGUGUGGGAAGAGAUUCAUUCGGUCAUCUAACCUGCUGACACAUGAGCGAGUUCACACUGGAGAAAGACCGUUCACCUGCUCAGACUGCGGGAAGGGAUUUACUCAGUCAUCCCACCUAAAGACACACCAGUCAGUUCACACCGGGGAGAGACCAUUCACCUGCUCAGACUGUGGGAAGGGAUUCACUCGGUCAUCUGACCUACUGGCACACCAAUCAGUUCACACUGGGGAGAUGCCGUUCACCUGCUCAGAUUGUGGGAAGGGAUUCACUCAGUCAUCCAGCCUGCAGACACACCAGCGAAUUCACACGGGAGAGAGGCCGUUCACCUGUUCCGUGUGUGGGAAGGGAUUCACUCACUCAUUCCGUCUUGUAACGCACCAGCGAGUUCACACUGGGGAGAGGCCGUUCACUUGCUCAGACUGCGGGAAGGGAUUUACCGAGUCAUCCAACCUGAUGAGACACCAGCGUGUUCACUCUAGGGAGAAGCUGUUCACCUGCUCGGACUGUGGGAAGGCAUUUACCCAUUCAUCUCACCUGAAGACGCACCAGCGAGUUCACAGUGGGGAGAGAUUGUUUACCUGCUCUGUCUGUGGGAAGGCAUUCAUUCGAUCAUCUGAUCUGCUGAUCCACCAACGGGUUCACACGGGGGAAAGGCCAUUCUCCUGUUCCGUGUGUGGGAAGGGAUUCACUCAGUCAUCCAGCCUGCAGACACACCAGCGAAUUCACACGGGAGAGAGGCCAUUCACCUGUUCCGUGUGUGGGAAGGGAUUCACUCACUCAUCCCACCUUGUGAAGCACCAGCAAGUUCACACUGGGGAAAAUAUUUAAAUAAGCUGCAGGCUGGAUGUUUAACCAUCAUGGUUGGUGAAUCCAAAGACAAGUUCCAAAGUGACUGUUGGCGUCGAACUCUGCAAAUAUUGCUGCUGCUCAGCACAGCCAGUUCUGCACUCUGGUCACCAGGCCUGGGAGAGGCUCCUUCUGCUGAUGUUCACCUUUAAUGGGACUGGUGUUUGAUAUUCUGGAUCUGAGACAAAUAUAUCACUUCUAUUUUAAACUCUGUCUCAGGUACCUAGUGUACAGUAGAGAGUCAACUCAGCCCAGUUGGUCUCUGACCAGGUUUCUGAUCCACAACAGACUUUUUCAAUCCAUCCCUGCUGUUCACCUCUCGUUCUGCCUGCGGUGAUGGUUAUCACUCUGUGCAUGACGAGGUUUCCCUUGAAUUUCAUGCAUGACUUUCUGCAGACCGAAGAAGGAAAUGGGGUGGCUGCGGUUAUGUCUGACAUGUGCUUCAUUCCCCAAAUCUCUGCGUUGAGGAAGAAUGACAUUGGUAGUUAGCCUCUGUACUCCCUGCCCUUCAACAUCAGGGGUCAUUUUCAAUGCUUCUAAAGGGCUGCGUCUCACACAGCUGGGUUGGGACAAUACACUGAAAGCAAAACAGGGAACCAUUCGUUGGAUAUUCGAUGGGCAAGCGUUGGAAACCAGAGAUGGGUCAGCACGGAGUAGAGUCUGGGGCUCUGGACGGUGGUAGGGGUAAGAGCCUAUGAUGAGGAGCAGGAAAAUAGAGUGGGACAGGGCAUAGCAAUACAGAGCAGCGACAUUGGAAUCUGCGUGACGUAAAUCAGUUCUGUCAGAUUUGUGAAUUUUAGGGCACCUCGGCAGCAGAGCAGCUAGCGCGAUGCUAUUACAGCGGGGGGCGUUGGGGUUCGGAGUUCAAUUCUGCCGCCCUCUGUAAGAAAGUUUGUACGUUAGUCCCAUGUGUGCAUGGGUUUCCUCCAGGUGCUUUGGUUUUCUCCCACAGUCCAAAGACAUACCGGUUAGUAGGUUAAUUGGUUAUUGCACAUUGUCCAGUGAUUAGGCUAGGGUUAAAUUGGUGGGUUGCUGGUUGGCACAGUUCAGUGGGCCAGAAAAGCCUGUUCUGCACUGUAUCUCCAAAUAAAAAUAAAAUAAAAAAAAAAUUAGGUUGACUUUGACUAUUGAUACACACAAUGCUUGUUGACAUUGAAUAUGCAAA